AUGGCAGAGCUCUAUGGGAUCAUGGUGGCAUUGAUCACCCCCUUCACGGAUGACAGAACCAAGAUCGACGAAGGCCGUCUCAAAGAUCAUAUCGAGCACUUGAUCACUGCUGGCGUCCAUGGCCUUGUUCCUGGAGGCAGCACUGGCGAGUUUACUUGCCUCAGUCUGGCCGAGCGCAAGCAACUUACGGAGCUUUGUGUCAAAUUCGCCGCUGGUCGCGUCCCUGUCGUCGCUGGCACAGGCAGUACUUCCACGGAAGAGGCGGUCGACCUUGCUGUUCACGCAGCUCAGGCCGGAGCAGCGGCGGUUAUGGUGGUUCCUCCGUUCUACGAUCCAGUCAACCUCGAGCAGCUCACGGAGCUGAUGGCCGAGAUCCACAACUCUUCAAAGCUUCCAAUUGUCUACUAUAACAUUCCUUCCGCCUCCGGUCUCACGCUCAGUCCUUCUGAGAUUGCCGGGCUUUCAAAAGUUGGAGUCAAGUACCUCAAGGACACUUCAGGCAACGCCCCGGCCUUGACCGAAUUGAUCUUUGGCCUGUCGGACCAGAUUACCGCAUUCAACGGUUGGGACACGCUCACCUUUUACGGCCUGGCUGCAGGAGCCCCCGGUGGUGUCUGGGGAGCAGCCAACAUCAUCCCCGAGCUUGCAGUUGAGCUCUGGGAUGCUGUGUCUGUGAAGGGGGAUCUGAAGCGUGGUCGUGAGCUUUGGGCCAAGGCAUGGCCUAUCUGCAAAUUCCUCGAGUCCCACAAUUAUGCCGCCGCAGUCAAGACUGGUGUCGAGUUGACGGGCCAGCCAACCGGUGGUCUCAGAAAGCCGUUUGCUCUUCUGAAGCCGGAUCUUCAAGCAGAGCUCAAGCAACUCAUGAAAAAUGCGGGAGUGAAGACAAUCUAA